CCUGAGCAGACAAGGUUUUGACAAGCGUAUCAUAUGCAGAUUAGGAUAGCAUUGCCUCUGCUGGAAAUGUGGAAUCUACAAACUGCUCUGGCAAUUCUUGGGACUUUGUGUUUGACCUCUAUAAGCGGAUACAAAAAUGGAAAGGUGGAGAAAUCUUGUGAGAGCAUGAUGCCAGAACAUCACAGCCAACCCAACACUACUGCCAGCCCAUACACACUGACUGCGAACGCCAGUAAGUUCAGUCCAGGGGACGAUAUAAGAGUCACUCUUUUUGGAAGUGAGCACUUUAAGGGCUUUCUGAUUCAGGCCCGAGAUGCCACGAACCCUGAUGCACCAGCUAUUGGCUCGUUCACGCUGGUAGAUCCUGACAUUUCUCAGCGUUUGACAUGCAACAGAAUAGAGGGUUCUGCUGUUAGUCACACCAGUAAUGCCAAAAAGAGUGAAAUUCGGGUGAUUUGGAAAGCUCCGUCCAAUGCUCCUCCCGCUGUACAGUUUUUUGCCACAGUUCUUGCUCACUACAAUAUUUUCUGGCACAAGCUUCCUGGUCCUGUCAUAUCUCACAUCUCAAUGUCUCCCGCUCCACCUCAACCAACCACCAUCACGUCUACAAACUCUGCAAGCACUUCUAUUCUGCCUCAGCCAUCCACCUCAGAGGGAUGCGGCAAGUGGAAGUCUUGUCUCACUGACCCUGUCAGCUGCAACCCUUCGGUGCACACAAACUGCUUCUUCCUUUCUUAUUCUACUUUGGGCCAGACAGUUUCGUUCGAGCUCAGCGGCCCUUCACAGGGAUACGUAUCUUUUGCUCUGUCCAAGGAUCAGUGGAUGGGAGAUGACGAUGCGUACCUGUGCAUAAAUGACGAGGGUCGUGUAAGUGUGGAGGCUGCACACACAACAGGCCGGACGUAUCCAGAGGUAUCAUCCAAGUCUGUGCUGACUGAUGUAGGCUGGAGAGUUUCCGAUGGGGUCAUUCAGUGCAAGUUCUCUAGGUCCAUCUACGCUCCUCAGGAUCCGGUCCGGUUCAGCCUUAACAACAGUUACUACCUGUUUGUAGCGCACGGGACUGCAGAAUAUGGUAUGAUCCACAGACACACGCGGCAGCCGCUGAUAUCAUCCCAUUCUCAGAUCAUUACCGGCCCUCCUGAGAUACUGACGGGAUCUCGAUCUCCACUGCUCAUGAAAUAUCAUGGAGCUCUAAUGCUGAUGGCCUGGAUGCUAGCAGGAAGCACUGGAAAAUUAAUGGCUGCCUAUUUUAAACCUGACUGGCCAGAACAGACAUUGUUUGGGCAAAAGAUAUGGUUUCAGGUGCAUCGCAUGUUGAUGUCUCUUACAGUUUUGCUGACCGCUGUAGGCUUUGUAUUUCCUUUCGUCUACAGAGGAAAGUGGAGCACAAGAGCUGGUGCUCAUCCAUACCUCGGCUGCACUGUUAUGAUUCUCGCUUUUUGUCAGCCUGUAAUGGCAGCAUUCAGACCAGCUCCAGAUUCCUCACGGCGAUGGAUAUUUAACUGGAUGCACUGGGGUGCUGGAAAUGCUGCAGAAAUUAUAGCAGUGUUGUCCAUGUUUUUUGGAAUGAGGCAACAGUCUCUAUUGCUGCCUUAUCCUUGGACCACAGGGGUUCUCUCUGCUUUUGUGGUUUGGACCAUUGUGUUAAAGCUGGUGUUAAAACUUCAUAAGCAUGGUAUUGUUAGAAAAGGGAGUGGAAAGGAAGAUGAAAUUCCAGUUCUCUCAAACUUUUCAGAGGAUGUAAAUUGGGAUACUAAGUUUAGAGUGGCUGUCCUUGCUGUUUUAGUGCUCGGAAACUCAGCAUUCUGUAUCUCACUACUCGCCUCCAUAGGGGACAUAUAACCAACAUAUGAAUCAUAUGGAACUACAGAAAUUGGAACGAAGACCUAAUUAUUUAUAGAGCAAGACAAGUCAUCAUCAGUUUCAUUUUAUUCAAGGUUUGAACAGUAUUUUGCAUUGAAAACAUCCUGCAAGGAAGAAACGUAUCUAUUAAGACAUUUCAAACAUGAAUAUUAUGAAUUAAAAUUCACACAUCUUUUAAAUUAUUUUCACAGAAGAAUAAAUGUCAACAUUAUAUCCAGACAAUCAAAGCAUAAAACAUUUAAAAGGCUCACAAUGUAAUUGUACAGAAACCAGCUACUUUUCUUGUAACACCUCUGGAAGCUACAUCCACAAUAUACUCUUGUUAGACAUUCCAAGCGGCCUUCUCUUGUCUUAAAUUGCACUUUUGUUCAGAUUAAAUCAAAGAUAAAUGUAUUUUUAUUUGCUUCUGCUCUUCACUGUAUGGUUAAUAUAAAUUAGAAUAAUACA